AUGAUGCGUGUCUAUAAAUAUGGCGGCUUCUGCAAGGAUUCCUUAAUUUUAUCCACGGCUAAGUAUUUGCCGGGUAGUUGUGGGUGGAAGUCUUUAAAUGUGUGUGUUACAAACAGUUGUAACUUCGUGUCGUCGGUACAGCGUACCUUUCAAGUUCAAACUCGAAACAUCGCUAAAUCUGCUACAGUUGGCGUUGCAAAACAAAUAAAGAGAACUGAAAGUGGAAACACGACUGUUAUAGAAGCUGUACCUAUUGAGGUGAAGGAUAGAUCGAAGCAAUUGCUGUCGGUCGACGAUCCACAUGGAGCAUGUCCACUCUGCAGGCUUGGCAUCGAGAUCUCACACACAGAUGUAUUGGUCAUAAGGCAGUUUCUGUCAGAUGAAGGUCGUUUGCUGCCCAGGCGCAUCACAGGACUGUGUCAGAAAUCCCAGUGGAAGAUGCAGCGAACUCUACAGCAGGCACAAAGAGCAGGCCUCCUCCGUACACUCUUGCCACGCAAUCAGAAAUACAUCCCACCAGGCAAGUGGAAGAAGUACAACAGCUAUUAUGACAGCCCACAGAGCCUAAAUAUCAGCAUGGACGAGUAUAGCUAUAAAGCAGUAGCAGAACAACGCCAGAAAAAGAAGUGGCGACAGGAGUUGUUCCAAGAACAUUACGAGAAAAUCAAAUUGAAACAUGUUAACGAGGGUUGAGGACAUACUUCAGGUAUGUCUGGAAGUGAUUUAAAUAUGCACACAAAAUUAGGUAUGCAUGUAGGUGGGUGGGCAUAUGUGUAGAAAUUGUUAUAGGCAACACGGACCAUGUAUGCGAUAGUGACAGGCCACUGUUUUUCAAGUAGUGUACAAUGGCACAAUAGUUUCCAUUGUAAUGCAUAAGUUUACCAGUGUACACGAGCUUUGUGCUUUAAAGACACAUUUGUAUGAUUUAGAAAGGAGUAAGUAGUAAGUAUCGUAUCACAUGUUGGUACUUGCUUAGCUUGAAUCAACUCUUUUCAUUAGCAAGCUAGAUGCAUUAUUCAGAUACCUGAUGUAACAAUAGGCCUACCAUGUCUGCUUUUAUACUGUACAUAAACACAUGUCAUUAUUAUAUAAAAGUAAGUUUGAAAUAUUAUAUAG